AGGAGCUUGGUGGAAAACAGCUUGGCUUCAGUGAGACGGUGUUUGGCGGGUAUCUUUGGAGCCUGACCUCAUUCAGCAGUCCGCAUGGAACCGAAUCAGUCUUCAAGUCAUGGUGAUGGAGCCACUUUGUUGAGGGAGACCAGCUGCCCACUGAAAGUCACCGAGGACAUCUGGUUUGCAUGCUGUUCCUGCACCUAUGUCACCAGAGAUCAACAUGGAAUUGUGAGCCACCUGGCUGCCCAUGGCGAUGAACAAUCCAAGUGCCAGCAUCCUCCCCUGUCUGGCUCUGGCUCUAAGUCCCAAGUGCUCGGCAACACUCAAAAGAACAAGAGUGAAAAGCCAUUUAAGUGCAAGCUUUGCCCUCAAGAGUUUGCUUAUAACUCCCUUCUGACCUGUCAUAAUCAAAUGCACCCUGGUGAAAAGCCAUUUAAGUGCAAGCUGUGCCCGCAAGCCUAUACUCAAAAUUGUGAUCUGCAAACACAUAUUCGAGUGCACACUGGUGAAAAGCCAUUAAAGUGCAAGCACUGCCCCCAGGCCUUUGCUGAUUAUCCGUCUAUGAGAGCUCAUAAUCGAACACACACUGAUAAGUACCGAUUCAAGUGCAAGAAGUGCCCCCAAGCCCUUGCUGAUUAUUCGUCUCUGAGAAUUCAUAAUCGAAUGCACACUGCAGUGAUGAAAGUGCUGCACCGAUUGCGCCCAAUUGCGCCAAGGACGCAAUCCUGCUACGUGCAGCGCCAACUUGUUAUUUUACCGAAGAGUUGUGCCAUGCCUGCGCCGAGAUGAGAUGUAGCAAUAAAAAAAAUAAAAAUUGAAGUCUGAUCAGC